AUGGCGCCGCCCCGUGCUCGCGCCCUCCUCCUGCCGCUAGCGGCGGCCACCGUCCUAGUCGCCUCCACCAUCUUCCUCUUCGCCGCCGCCGGCGCCAGCCGCUGGCGCCCCGCCGACACCGGCCUCCCCGUCCCGGCCAGCCCCGCCGACUUCUCGGCCCUCCCUAUCGGUGUGAGUGUAACAUCCGCCGCCAAGGGUAAAGAGCUCUCCUUUCUUGAUGAGAAUGGCCGCCCCGACGACCCCAGCUCCGGCUCGGCGGCGGCUGCUGAACCUGGGAGAUGCGACCCCCGCGACGCCGCCGUCAGGGUGUUCGUUUACGACAUGCCGCCGGAGUUCCACUUCGGGCUACUCGGCUGGGCCCCACCUUCGGGGAACGGCGGCGGCGUCUGGCCUGACGUCAGGGGCGGCACAGUCCCGCGCUACCCCGGUGGGCUUAACCAGCAGCACAGCGUGGAGUACUGGCUCACGCUGGACCUCCUGGCAUCCUCGUCAGUUGCACCGUGCGGUCCGGCGGUGAGGGUUGCCGACUCUCGUGAUGCGGACGUGAUCUUCGUCCCCUUCUUCGCGUCCCUCAGCUACAACCGCCACUCCAAGGCCGUGCCGCCGGAGAAGGUAAGCAGAGACACGUCCCUACAGGAGAAGCUCGUCAGGUAUCUGGUGGCGCAGCCGGAGUGGAAGAGGUCCGGCGGUGCCGACCAUGUCGUCGUCGCGCACCACCCCAACAGCUUGCUCCACGCCCGAUCGGCGCUGUUCCCAGCAGUGUUCGUGCUGUCUGACUUCGGGAGGUACCACCCCAGGGUUGCCAGCUUGGAGAAGGAUCUCAUUGCGCCAUACCGACAUAUGGCGAAGACAUUUUUGAAUGACACAGCCGGGUUUGAUGAUCGGCCGACAUUGUUAUACUUCCGGGGAGCCAUUUACAGGAAGGAGGUAAUAAUUGUGCCUACUAAUCUUGUUCUGCACACUGCAAACUAA